GUGAAAUGAGGUGAAACACAUGCGCAUUAAAGCUUCCACGCCCGCCGGGCACUGGCGCCGCAGGGUAUUCUGGGGCUUGUAGUUUGUGAUUCUGUGAGGAAGGGCGGGAGAGGAGAUUACCCGUUUGUGAGAGAAAACGAAUCCUGUUCUCUCUCCCUGCUCGUUACUCUGUUUCUUUCUUUCGUUUGUACGAGAUGUGUGUUAUGCGAGUUUUCUGGUGGAGAAAACGGACCUGAGACGACGGAAGAGGGAUAAGAAAGAGGCGGCGGUAGGACCUGCCCGGCCAGGGAUGCUCCCAUCCGGCUCCCUGCAGGCGGCAGCGCGGGGAAGGCUAGCGCUGCGGGGGCUAGCAGCGGCUGGCUGGCGAGCGAGCGAGUAAGGAAGCAACUUGGCGAGGGGCAACUGAAGAGAUGGAUUGAUUGGUAAAGAUGGAGAGAGGCAGAGGAGGAGGAGGAGGAGGAGGAAGGAGUGUGGGGGGCUCUGGCCUACACAGGAGCAUUUACUCCCAGUCCCAGCAGCAGUAUCAUUAUCCUGCCUCCUCUUCUCAGGCGGGCUGCAUGGAGAUCCAGGAGCUGGCCUCCAAAAGAGUGGACAUCCAAAAAAAGAGGUUUUAUUUGGAUGUGAAACAGAGCUCCCGAGGCCGUUUUCUGAAGAUAGCAGAAGUCUGGAUAGGAAGAGGCAGACAAGACAAUAUCAGGAAAAGCAAGCUGACUCUCUCUUUGUCAGUUGCUUCUGAGCUAAAGGAUUGUCUGGGAGAUUUCAUAGAGCACUAUGCCCAUUUGGGCCUAAAAGGCAGCCAGAGUCAUCGGAAUGAGCACACUAAUGGCAAAGAACAAGAUACAAGAAGACGGCAACACCAUCACCCACCAUCACCUCCAGCAUCAGUUGGAUCAGAAGAGCAUCUUCACAGCGUCUUAAAAACUGAGUACAUUGAGAGAGACAAUAGAAAGUAUUAUUUAGACCUGAAGGAGAACCAACGCGGGCGUUUCUUAAGGAUUAGGCAGACCUUGAUUAGAGGACCGGGCAUGAUAGGAUAUUUUGGUCACAGUUUGGGACAGGAACAGACUAUUGUCCUUCCAGCACAAGGGAUGAUUGAGUUCAGGGAUGCUUUGGUCCAGUUAAUUGAAGAGUAUGGUGAAGGAGACAUAGAAGAAAGGAGAAGUGGAGGAGAUGAGCCUCCUGAACUCCCAGAAGGGACUUCCUUCAGGGUGGACAACAAGAGGUUCUACUUUGAUGUGGGGUCCAACAGGUACGGUAUUUUUUUGAAGCACUUGUGUUUGAAGAUCACCUUGAUAUAGCAGAGAUUUGUGAUGAGCACUUGGGCUAUUCAGUAAAGAAUAAUGUAUCAUGCAGGUUUUCCAGGUGGAUAAUUAAUCUGUAAGCAGCUUUGUGAUCCACAAGUGGAACCUGCAACAAAAUGGUGUGAUGUUUUCUUGCCUCCUAAUAGGAGUGCUCCUGUUCGGGAUUCCAGCCAGCUAUGUCCUACCGUAAGCCAUUCCAUCACCUCCCCACUCCCUCAGUUUUCCAUUUUUAUUUUCCAACUGACCCUCAACAUUCUCUUAAGUGCUGAGCAUGCUCAGUCCUUGUUGGGCUGUUUUGGUGAGGGAUUGGCCUACUUAGUAUGUUUGGUUAUUGUUUUUGAGCCUAAGCAUGCUGAUACCUCUGUCUUGUUUUCUGUCAGCAGUUACCAACUGAGUUUCUUAUUAAAAGAAGUGAUAAGUUAAUGUGGUUACACCCAAUUUAUUUAGUUAUCCAAAUUGUUAAAUGUUCUGCUAGUAUUAAUGCAUUGCUUGCCCAAAGCUACUUUGGACCUAUUUGGGGAGGCACACGUUCAGCCCUCCAGUGUUCUACACACCCAGUGAGACUCGCAUGGAUCCAUAAAGUUGGCUUUGCUAAUGAAGCUACUUGCAGUCAAAGGUAGAGCAAAAGUCUUGGGCCAAGGUCCUGCUCCUUAAGGGACACUAGGCAUUUCACUGUGUGUGCUUUCAGAAUUAGUCAUUCCCCACCCAAGCCUUGAGAGGCUAGAAAUGACCCGAAGUACUCAAAUGCUAUUACAAACAUCAUGUAACAUGCAAGACAAAAUGGAAUACUCCCCUGCAUUAUGGUUGUUCCCAGAGAUCCAUACCUUUCCUGAGAACUGCUCUGGAGUCAGGCUUUUACCUAGUGUCAAAGAAUGGAAUCUCUCAUGAAAGCAAGAUAGCACAUCCACUGUAGCAUUAUCUACUCCUAGAACAUGACAAACUAUACUAGCAGACAAGUGCUGAUGGAUAAAUCACCCUACUGAGCUCAGUAACUACUUUAAUUAGACAAUUGGCUUUUCAUCCUCGCCACAGCUUGAUGAUUGCUUCAGAAGUGCACCUUAUUUUGAAACUCCUCCUGCCAUAGACAAGCUGCAAUCACAGAUCUUUCUGAAAGAACUACUCCUCCAUGGAUCAUCAGUGGCAACAUCUGAAGCCAGUGUGACAUCGUGCUCUCUAAUAUGGGCCUGCCCUAAUAGCCAAAUCUCCUUGUGCCCUUGGUAUGUGUCAGACACAAGAAAACAUAAUCAUACACUCAGAAAGGCAUCAAAAGACAUGCGUUGUUGAGCUGUAGUUGAAAAUUUGUCCCAUGCUUUUAAUCAGCAGAAAACCUUUCCCUUGAUAAAGAAUUCCCUCAGAAUGCAUUAGGAAACAUACACCUGUGAAUUUUUGUAUUGUUUUGGUAUGGGCCAAGCCCCCAUUUCCUCUUUCUGAGAGCUUUAGCAAGCAAGCCUGCCAAGUGGGCUCUAAUAAGUCAAAUCUUUAUUUGGCGGUGGGGUGGGGGCCUCCUAUAGAGGGAAAGUUGCCAUCUCAUAUUCCUCCCUUCACUUUCUGUGCCUCCAUCUCCCAAAUCAUAAUUUGUUGGUAACCUUGCCUCUGAUUGCCUUCUUUCUGCAAACCUGCCUCCCUCUGUUGCUGCUGGAAUCUUUGGAUGAGCCUGGCUUAGGCUCCCAGCAGCUCAGCCAUUGUCAAAUUUAAGAUUGUACUCGCACCAGUCUCAUCAGAUCUAGGUCUGCAAUUUGUACCCUUUGCUUGCAUGGAGAUAGUCUGACACCGCCAGUCUCAUUUAGUUUGCAUGAAGAAGGCACUGGGUUGCUGUCUUUCUUGGGGAAGUGGGAUGGUAUGUGAAAUCAGUUAGAAAGAUUGAACUAGUUCAAAGAAAGAAACUCUGCAGAAGCAAUUGCCCAGAUUGUUCUGUUUUGGUUGUUCUGAACAGAAUUGCUCAGAGCAACAAAUCGUGAGUUCAGCACCAGUUGUCCAGAAUAAAUUGCUCAAAAAUAGUUGCCCUAUUGCAGACUCCUAGAAAACAUCUGGAAAACAAACACUUGAAACAUGCUUAUUAGUCAGUUAAGUGAAGCAAUUCUACAAUAAGAAGCUCUUCAAACUAUAGAAGAAAAUAGUGGGAAAUGGAAUGGGGAAGUAUAUUUCGAAUGCACAAAUAGCUAAAAUCUUGUCUGAACACCUAGCUAAAUUGGCUGCUGAUGGCUGGGAUGCAUGUUGUCCUUUAAAAGAAGAAGGAACAUGUUGGUGACCCAGUGCCUCUCUCCAAAUCAUAUGAAAGCCAGGCAAGUGAGAAUCAGACAGAUUCUGUGCUCACUUUUUUCAUUAAGGAACCUCCAGUAAUACUCAUCUGUCUUACUAUGUUCCAAAAUGGUAUCCCAAUACAACUAUACACAAUAAACAGUGCCUGGGCAACAAAUGAGGCAAGAAUUAGCUAGUGGAAGACUUCACAUGGGAGUGAGGAUUUAAAAUAGAUGCUGCACCUCCCAACAUAGUUGCCAAUGCUGCUGCUACUUUAGCCUUGCCAUCAUGUCUAUUGCUGAAAGCAACUGACUAGAUAGCAUUUCUUCAGUAAAGUCCAAGUCUAUUCCCCCUGAGAGAGGGUAAAACUAAUACUGAACCUUCACCAAGAUUGGGCCUACUUUUAGGCUCUAGAGAUGGACAGAGAUAAAACAGUCUCUCCUCUGGUUUUCCAUUAAGCUGGCUGGCUGGGGCACAGGGUGUUCUGGUGAGCAAUGUGCCUUUCCAGUGAUGUGCCAUCAUAGCCAUCACUAUGCAUUGAGAGGCCCCUGCCAGAAGUCGGAAUUUUGCUUUUCAAUGACACAUUAUCAUCAUCAUCAUCAUUUAUUACCCAGAUUUCACCCAAAGGUCCCAGGGCAGGUUACAAGAGUUUUAAAAUAUGACAUUAAAAACAAUUUAAAAACAACCUAAAAUGCUUGUGCCUGCCCCCAGAACCAGCUGAAAAUAACCGUGUACAUGUGCCUGUAUACUUGGUGGUUGGCAUCAUGCAUACAAAGAAAAUGUUUGAUAUACACUCUUGCAAACCUACCAUAGCAACUUCAGCAAUAUAAGCAUUAGAAUAAUAGCAACCUAACCUAAAGGAUGGAAAAUAAAAAAUCUGAAUAGUUGAUGAACUAGCAUCUGUCUCCCUUGCUAGCUUCUGCUUUUUAUGCUGUUCCCAUCCUUCAUCCCACAAAUUUCUGCUAAUAAAAUCUUUAUUACAUUGGGAAUUACUUCCCCUGUAGAAGCAAAAUAUGAAGUAUGUUGGGAUAUUGUUACCUGCAUGUAAACUUUUAAUUUUAAAAGACAACAGGAUAACUGGAACAACAACUGCCAAAGUUAGCACUGCAUAUUUUUCUGAAGUACCAAAGCUACAGUCCUGUUGCAUGACCCUCUCCACAUUUGGAGAUAUUUUAGAAGAGAAGUAGUGAGCCAAUUGUACAUGUCUAGGCUAUACUACUUAGAUGUAGUUCAUGCAUGCAUCUUCAUUAUUUAAUGUUAUGACUGGCAGCUGAAUAUGUAACCUAGCUCCAUUGAAAAGCAUUAUUAAGGUGAUGUGAAGGGAAAAUGGCACCCAAAGUUAUCAAGGAGAUGGAGCAACUCCUCUAUGAUGAAAGGUUGCAGCACUUGGGGCUUUUAGUUUAAAGAAAAGGUAUGUAAGAUGCAACAUAAUAGAAAUAUAUAAAAUUAUGCAUGGCAUAGAGCAAGUAGAUAAAGAAAAGUUUUACUCCCUCAUAACACUAGAACUUGUGGACAUUCAAUGAAGUUGAAUGUUGGAGGAUUCAAGACAGACCAAAGAAAGUAGUUCUUCAUGCAGUACAUGGUUAAAUUAUGGACUUGGCUCCCACAGGAGGCAGUGAUGGCCACUAAUUUGGACGACUUCAAAAGAUUAUACAAAUUCAUGGAAGAUAAGGCUGUCAAUUGCUACUAGCUACAAUGGCUAUGCUCUUCGUCCAUAGCUGGAAGCAGUAUGUUUAUGAAUACCAGUUGCUGGAAACCACCGGAGCAGAGAGUGUUCUUGCGCUCAUGUCCUGCUUGUGGGCUUCCCACAGGCAUCCGCUGGCCACUGUGAAAACAGGAUGCUAGACUAGAUGGGUCAUUGGCCUCAUCCAACAAGCUUUUUUGUAUUCUUAGGAUAUGACGGUUCUAACUAUGAUGUUAUAUUUCUGAUGGCCCAUUCACACAUUCCAGUCAUCAACUAAUGAUCAAACCUCCCUUUAGCAGCAUGACCACAUACAGGCAGGAUACAUAUUUUUGUAUUAGCAAGCACCAGCAGUGCAGAUAAUUGCAUUGGCAGAGAGAAAGUCUUGGUUACUGUCUCUAGUGGAAAAAUUAUGGUAAGGAUAGUAGUUUUUAUACUGUUCUUAACAUAACUUUAUUUUAUUUGAAGCAGAAUCUGAAUCAAAUAUAAAGUUACUGUCAUUGUGGCAGCAUUGUCUGGCAAGGAUUGUAAAGCAAGAAAGGCACUCUUGGUGUAAAUUCUAGGCUCAGGCUAUUCAGGGACAUGUCAGAUAGACCUCUGGCUUCAUGGUAGCAGAAACCUCAGAAAGACUUGUUCUGGAAGACCUGCGAGAAGUACUGGUACUUUUGCUUUUCAAAUUGUCUUCUGCUGAUUAAGUCUAUGGACUUGUAUUAUAAUAUGAGUUGUAUAUACAAUGCAAGUUGUAUAUACAAUGUAUGUUGUUUGUACAUAAUUGCAAUAGCACUGCAUAUUUCUUUAAACGUAGCAAAUUGUAAUAGGGAGCACAUUUGCCAUGGCAUGUGCAGCACCUGUGCUCUUGGCUCUUACUCUAACUCUCUUAAGUACCGUGACAGUCUAAUUAGGUUUGGGAUACUAACCUAAACCAUUAUCAAAGCUAGCACUUUAAAUACUCGUAGUCACUUUUCUUCUUAGUAUAUGGAGCACCGCACUUUUAUAAAUACUACUAGCACUGAGUUUUAAACAUAUUGUUUGCCCCCAUUUUUGUGUAGUCCUUACAGGGUGUAUGUUUAAUGUAGGUGGCAGCUGUAUGAAGUUAGCUUUUCAUAAAUGUGGCCACUGCCUGGUACCUAACUCUUUUUUAAUUAUAUAAGAACUUUAUAAACUGUUGAAAAGGAAGGGAUCCAAACUAUUUAGUAACUUUAAACAAACAGUGCUAAAUUGCCGACAUCUAGACAAAUCUGAGCUUUAAAAAAGUGCAUAUGUACACCCACAGGAGCACAGGCCUUCCGAAACACCAAAGAGACAUGGCAAAACUUUUUAAAUAGACAUGAAGAGCACGUGUUUUAAACUCUGCAUUAUUUUGACAGAGUAUGAAAUAAUUAACAUGGUUUCUAAUGUAGAGUUCUGUACACAAAGUUUGAUAAUGGAAGUUUUUACCAUGGGGGAUUAUCAUGGACAGGUGAGAGAGAGACUCCCAAGUUAUAGUUCACUCUGUGCAUAAGCAUUAAUGCAAUUGAGAAUGUUUAAGCAAUUGAGAAAAACAAAGAGUACUCUGCCUGUAAAUCAGUUUGACUUACAUUGUAGUUUCAACUGCGAAACAACUUUUCUUUAGCAAGAUAGAGCUACGAUGCCUUAGAAGGAACAAUCACUAGUAGUUAUACAAUUGCAUAUAUGGAAUACUCUUAAUUUAUGGAAAGUUCACUAAGGCAGGGAGGCAGUUUCUACACAAAUUCCAUCUUUAAAUUUAUGUUGGCUGCAAAUAAAACAUCAGAUCUCUGUUCUACGAUAGAAGAAACUGACUUGAAAAAUGCUUUGUCUGCUUUAUAUUCUUGCCAUCAACCAUCAAAUGUAUUAGCUCUACAUUAUUUGAAACCGUUAAAUGUGGUGUUCCAGAUUUACUUCAUGAUGCUAAAUACUUAUGAACUGUUAAAGAAAUUAACUAUUAAGGCCUAGGUGGCAAAUAAAACUAAUUUAUAAAACUAAUUUAUGCAAAUAUUUUUACCUCUAGAUACAACUGAUUUCUAGAUGUCACUCUAUAAAAGCUAAUGAGAUUAUUUCUUUAAAAAACCCAAAAUAUUCAUACUCUUUAGUGUAAUGUGCCUUGAUUCAGCUGGCACAAUACAUAUACUGAAGCUAGCUUCUGUGUGCAUUUUUGUUGAGUGGAAGCUGCAUACACAAACAGGUGUUGCAUGCACUUGUCAUGGCACCACCCAGAUUUUGAGAUUGCAGGUACAGUUCCCACUACUCUCUUUUUGUCAAGAACCAUGAAUGCAGCCCUCAGCAAAUGGUUGGUGUUGACAGCACCAAUUGCUUAUGCAGGAAUAAGGAAGGACCAAAUGCAGCACAUCUUUAUUAGGAAUGUAUGAAGCUUGGUUGGAGCCUUUAUCUUAAUAUGUUUCAUCAGGCCCCGUGUUGUAUUCUCAGUCUAGACUAAUAAAUUAAUUGAUUUUUGUACAGCCUAUUUGCAUAGCAGAAAUAAGUCUCCAUGAGCUUUAGGAAUCCAAGUGUUUGUGUUGCAAUAUAGUUAUAUUGAUUCUACCACAACAGUGAAAUCUGUCUAAACAGUUCUUAAAAGUUUAAUGGUUUCUUCCAAAUUCUGAACAUUAUAAGAAUGUCACUGUCUAUCUUGAACUAACCUAAAUAUAUUUAACUGUAAUUAGUAUAUUUAGUCCCUUCACUUAUUGUGAUAAAAAUGGUGUGUAUGAGAGAGUGAGAACGCUUCUAAAGUCAAAUUAAACAUUGUGUAAAAUCUAUAAAAAUCCAGCAAUUUCCCCUCUUCUAAGCUAAUAUACAAUAAAAUCUUAACAUAUGAUCCACAUGUUCUGCCAUCCUGCUGCAGCUUUCUUACAAAGCUACACCCAAAGUCUACAAAGCCAUGUAGAGCUGCAUUCAAUAUGAUACAAGGAGCUGCAUCCAGAAACAUACAUGCAUGGGCCUUUUUUUGGAUCCCAUCCAAGAUUGUUUUAAUCCAGACAAGUUUACCAACCUAGUUUAGUAGGCUAAAUGGUCUGCAAGGGACAUUUUCAUAUAGAGGAAGAGAAACUAAAAAAAGAAAUGGUGGUCCUCUUCAACUAGACAUUUGUUUUCCUGAUACAUUCUUUUCUUAGCCUACAGGUAAAAUGGUCAUGUAAAAAUAUUUCUUAGGAAUAAUGAGCUGCUUUUAAAAUAUAUAUAUAAAAAAAUUGUAAUGGCACACGGGCAGUGUUUAACAAUAGUCAGUGGUGGAUUUGUUUGUUCUUAUUUUUAACAGCAUGUGUAAUCAUUUUAAUUAUCAUUUUUAGUAUUAAUACUUCCAUAAGUGUAAAGGUAAUUUCACAACUGCACCUAUAAUCAGAACAUGCCAUUACAACAAUCAAGUUAAUCAAAAUCAUGUGCAUAGCAGGUAGCAGUUUAUUCUGUGUGUGUAUUCUUCCCCAAUGGUACUAUUCUUUAGUAGGAUAUUCUUAACCAAAAGGUGUUUUAAAGUCAUGGCAUGAAAAAUCGUAAAUGUAAACAAGUACAUGUAAUGCUGAUUUAAAAGAAUCUUCUUAAACUUAUGUGAUGCUUAAUAUUUUCCUUAGCAAAUUUGUUUUAAAGGUAGAUCACUGUUCUGAAGGAUGUUGGUCCUAUGGAAUAAAAAUAAUGGAAAUACAAUGCAUGUGUUACAAUUGUAGACAUGGUAAAGAAUUAAAUGUGAACUUACUGUACGAUACUGACUCUGUUUUCAAGCAAUCUGUUUUGCUGUUCUAUUGUUAACAUAUUUAAAAAGCAAAUAUACUGUAACUUAGCACUUUUUCCUAUGUACCCUGUUCUUAACUAUACUAGAGGUACAAAAUGGCAUACGUGUGGAACAUGUAAUCAUGCCUGCAUGAAUAUUUCAGGGUUUUUGCUUUCCUUGAUGUACAAGACUGGUCUCUCUAGACAUCAUCUUAAGUGCAAACCCCCCUCUGUCUAUUUGACUUAUACCAUUAUGUUACACGAUUUCAGAAUUGUUUUUAAAGCAACUUAAGUUCAGGGUCUCUUUACAUGAUCUCUUUUCUAAAAUGUAAGUAUUGGCCAUUCAAGAGUAGACCUUACAAGAAAUGCCUAGCCUAAGACAAGUAAUUUGUGGGAUUAUCCAUUUGAGCCCCUUAACUCUUAACCGAAAUGAUUGCAUAUGCCUUUAACAGGAUAAUAUUUACAGUUUUUGAAUGUGAGGUUCUCACACUUGCCAUCAAACAAGCAUACAUUUGAAAGGGGCUUAUACUGUAAAACACAGAGCGAGAUUAUGCCAACAAAAAAAUACCAUAUGCACAGCAAGGGAAGCACUAUGUCUACAAAAAGAAGUGCAGUCGAAUAAUAAGGGAAUAUGCAGAUCUGUCCUGCAUAUAUGUGACAUAGUAAAUUAACAUAAUUUUAUUACAAGCAUUACAGAACAAUAGAUGAGAAACAAUGUGCUGUUGUGAAAGACCUCUCAAACGGUACACAGUAACAGAAGCACCUCUGCGGCUGAUGUUUAAAUUCUGUAUUUUGCUUUCUCUUGUCUGGGAGAAAGGAUUAGACUCAAGAUCGUAUUCACUUGAGAUAGUCACAAAAAUGAAAAAGGAAGCACAUUCAAGUAAAUAAAUAUAUUGAAGACUGGAGUCAUUGCUGAUUGAAGGGGACUAUAUUUUUCAAGAGCAAGCUAUGGACAGGUGUAGGGUAUUAGUGAGAAAAAGGAUGCUUGAAGAGAAAGGAAUACAAAUAACUUCAGCUGUAUGAAGUUUGGCUGUGCUGCAAUAGAAAUAAGCCUUAGGAGACAGAUACACAAAUGCAUGCAUUGAAUGACACAUUUCAGAGCAAGUGUGACUAGUCUUUCUCAUUUAAAGAAAUUCUGCAUGGCUCUGGAAAGCUAGCAUGACAAGGAAAAAUGAUUAUAACACAGCCUCUUUCUGAUAUGCCAGUUUUCUGUACAGAAGUUUUAAACAUGGAUCUUGUGGUCCCUGUCUUUUGCAGUAAUACUAUCACAAAAGGGCUAUACUGCAUGCUUUUUCUGAAUAUGUGGGUGAGUUCUCAAUUUGUUAACACAAGAUGACACACAGCUUGAAUGUGUGAUCUAUCUCCACUGAAGGAUUACAUUUGAGGUGAUGUCAAGCAAUCUAAGAGCUCCGAUUGUCUGCUCAAUGUCCAUAUAUGGUGGUCAUCACUUGAAUCAAUGUGUUAUAAAUAACCAUGCAUGAUCCUUCAAGUAAUUAAAAAGCUCUGCUUUU